AUGGACUUCGCUACUGGUUGGGAUGGUCUCACGACCGAUGAUUCGAUGUACAGCCUGAAUUCUUCACAGUACUCUUCUGUCAAUGAUCUUUCUUGCAUACCCGUCACACCUCCAGCAACCUCGCGAGCAUCACCCAGCCCCACCGUCUCGAGUUCCCACUCGCGGAAGCGUGACUCGGUAUUGGAAGAGAGCAACGCUGUAAAACGGGUCAAGACCUUUUCCUUUCCUCUCAGCGAACCAGCUACAGUCCUCUGUGAGGCCUGGCUGGAGAGCUACCCCUCCAUAUUUCCAAAGGCAAAGCACAUCCGCGCACUGACAGACCUCACCGAUGAAUCCGGAAAGAACAUCGAGCAAUGGCUCAGCCAACGGAUGCGGCAGAGCCCUGCGCAGGCUUGUAGAGACGUGCAUCCAAACCGCAAUCUACCUCUGAUGCGGACACCUCCAAGCUACGAGCCAAGCCACACACCAUCCGUGUCUCUACCACCCUAUUCUCCCGUGCCCGCGGGACUAUCAUCACCUCGAAUAGAAACUAGGCCAGCUCCCGACCUUCCGACUCUCCGCACUGCAGCACUGAAAGAAGCAUCCCACGCUCUCUCCUCCUCAAGCACUUCAACAGGGCGCCACUGCGUCCCAGCCACCUCUCCUGACCUCCUCACCCGCGACGCCUCCAAGCCAUUCCAAUGCACCCACAAAUGCGGCGCAUGCUUCGCCCAGCGCGACGACUGGCGCAAGCACGAGGGGCGGCGGGCCCCACAAGAAGGCUGGCUAUGCCUCGUACCCUCCUGCAAGCCCUCCACCGCCAGAGAUUUCUGCAAAAAAGAGGCUGCGGAAUGCGAGAAAGGCGACGACAUCAGCAGAGCUAAAGAUGUGCUAUGCGGUCGUGCUUCAUAUCGCCGACAGCACUUCCGGCAGCAUUUCAAGCGCUUGCAUCCUCGUCUUGCACCGCAGAUGAGCGAGUAUGAGGAGCUGGGGUAUUUUAAGGCGGAGCGGGAGUUUGAGGAGCGAUGUGGCUUUUGUAGUACGAGGGUAAGAGGCUGGAGGGAGUGGGUGGCGCAUGUUGGGAAGCAUUUCCAGGAAGGGGCGGAGCACAGCUUAUAA